UGCAAAGGCAGUUGGGGAAAAGAGGUAUAGGGCGAGAAAUUGCAGAGAAUGGGCGCAAAUGGGCGAGAAGCGAUGGUGUCUUCGUUGGUGUUGUUACUCUCACUGUCUCUGUCACUGCCGUCGAUCUCUCUAGCUUACAGGCCUGGAGACAUCGUCCCAAUGAGCAAGAUGGGUCAAUACCACUCUUCUAGAACUGUGUGGCAAGAUGUGAUUGGUCGACAUUGUCCCAUCUUUGCUGUUAAUCGUGAGGCGUUGAUUCCGAUUACAAAGCCCGUGGGUUACACGGGUGCUGAUCCGUUCAAAAUAUCGUUUCAAGUUGGAAGAGAAAAAUUUCUGAUUCCAUGGCUUCUUGUGAUAAAUCGUAAGAGUUCUCAGGUUCCGAUGAUUGAUGUGCAUUUGAGGUACUCGGGAAGUGAUUUGCAUGGUGUCACUGCCAAAGUUCUGGAUAUGCCUCCCCACUAUGUUCAAAUCCAUCCAGACAUUGGUAAGCAGUUCUGGGAUCCUGAACAUUGGCCAAAGCAUGUGCUUGUUCGAUACACAUGGAAGGAGCAAUCAGAGAUAGAUGUUACUUCUGGAUUCUAUGUUUUGUUUGGAUCAGGGCUUAUGCUGUCAUUUAUUCUCUCAAUCUACGUCUUGCAAUCAUCACGGGAAAAAUUAGCAAGGUUUGUAAGGGAAACUGUUGCAGAAAGCAGCAUGCCUGCAGGAGGAGUGGCAAAGGUUGAAUAAUGUGAACCCUAGGAAGUGUCAAUACACCAUACAUAUGUGCAAAUAUAUCUUAAAGAAGUCCUUGAGAUUUCUUGGGGAAGGUAUCUCCCCACAAACACAAGUCUUUUCCAUCCAAAAUUUUUCUUUUUGCUCAAGGAUCAAUAUCACUUGGUGUCUAAAUAUUUGUAUGUCAAAGCCAGCAAGUGAAAUUGAAAUACGCCAAGGGUGUGGACAGUAGACAAUUUAGUCAGUGAGAGUUAGGUUUUCUACAACUUAUUUUUGCUUGGACUAAAUGAUUGUAUUCAACGUGUAGUCUUUCACAGAAGAAGUACCUCAAGAAAAUUUACCCACUCGAGGGGUUUAAUAGCAUUCAGCAAUUUUUUUUU